AUGACAUCAAACGAUACAAGGCUAACGAUAUCAAAAAUCCGAUUUAACCUAGAAGAGUUAGAAAGUUUACUUGAGGAAAGAAAUAAUAUUUAUGAUUUGGAUUUGACACCCUCAAAAAAUGAUAACUUUGAAUUGAUAAGUUUAUUACUGAAGACCGUCAAGUAUUUUAAAUUUGUUACCAAAGAUAUAGAUGAUGAUAUUAACUCUGAUGAAAAGGAAAAUAUCGGAUCUGAACUUGAAGAAUUGGUUCUGAAGUAUAACAGUAUAUACGAUGAACUUUCGGAGGACUCAAACCUCGAUGUAUCCGAAUUCAAAUAUUCAUUCACUCGAUCGGUAACAACGACGACGACAAUGUCAAAAAAUGGUGACAUUCCGUUUAAUAAUGUUCAUAAAUCAGUACGUUUCAAAGAUACACCUGAUGAUAAUGAUGCAAGUGAGUUAAUGGGUACACGACACGUAUUUAAACCAUAUAAAGACGAUCCUGAUGAACAGGAAUCUUCAGAGGAGCUCUCGAAUCAUCAAAUGUUUGCUCAGCAUCAACAGACUAUGAUGAGGCAAGAUCAAGAUUUGGAUACUUUGCACCAACUGAUCUCACGUCAAUUUAGCAUGGGUCAAGAUAUAAACCAGGAAUUAGAUGACCAAUUAAUAAUAUUGAAUGAUUUGGAACAAGGUGUCGAUCAAUCAUUAAGUCGAUUAGAUCUUGCUAAUCGAAGGAUAAGAACUUUUAGAAAUCUCAUGAGAGAAAACGGCAGCCUCGUCACCAUCUGUACACUAUCGAUUAUUUUGAUCUUAUUAUUGGUGGUGCUCAACUAA